AUGGCAACACAGAAGCUAGCCAUGGCUAUGGCCAUCUCCGCCGCGGUCCUGGCCGGUGCCCUCUCCCUGAACUCCCCGGAGGACUACGUCAGGCUCCACAACGCCGCUCGCGGGGCGGCUGGCGCCCAACCGGUGGCAUGGGACGACGAGGUGGCGCGGGAAGCCGGGAAGCGCACUGAGCGCGGCUGUGGGCUCCGUAGGCCGGACGGCGCCGGCUACGACGACGAACCCCGCCAUCAUAGGUAUGGCGAGAAUCUGUUCCGUGGCCCGCCCGAGAAGGCGUGGAACGCGGGCGACGCGUUGGACGCGUGGACGGCACCGGCGGCGAGGGAGUACGUUCAGGUCGUGUGGCCGGACUCCACCAAGAUCGGCUGUGCCCGUGCCGUCUGCGGCCACGGUCGCGGCGUCUUCAUAAGUUGCAACUACGAGCCCGCUGGUAAUGAACUAAUCCGUGCAGAAAUUGUCUACACAUACUAG